UAUACGACAGUGACUUUGGCGAGAAGAGGAGUUAUUUGCGUGCUCUUUUCACAAAUUAUUUGGACUGAUUUGUACACCGAUAAAGUAAAUAAAGUAAAUUUUUGAAUAUAUCUUUAAAUAUUUAUUUGCGAAAAUGGUGGAAAUUAAAAGUGCACAAAUUAUCCUUAAAAUCGUCUCGCUGGUUGUCCUCUUCAUCGCAAUGGUGGUUGGGUGCCACGCCCAUUUCAAUAACACCUGGACAACGCUUUGGGGGACGGAGAACUAUCCGGAAGUUUGCAAGAAGACGUUUGCAAAUUGUCCCAGCUCUGCGAUGGGGAUGGAACGAACGUUCGUGGCAUUUACGAUAAUCAUUUUCGUUUUAUCGAUUGCAAAUAUCGUCGUGGGGUUCUUGAUCGAUCCGAAAAAAAAUAAAAUCCCGGACACCGGAUACCACGCCGUGGCGGGAGUAAUUCUACUAAUCGCGGGAUGUUUGAUGAUUGCCGCGGCGAGGGGGAUUGAUUCGGCAAUGGUGCCAGAAGGCAUCCCAAGCGAGGCUAGGAAAUCAUUGUGGAAAGGGUUAAAAUAUUCCAACAAGUUGGCGGGAGGGUCAAUGGCAAUAAUUGACGGAUUAUUAUACGUGAUCACGGCGGGAGUAAUUUUCAAAUAUUAACAAAUUCUGGAAGGAACUAAGUUAUGAGUCAAAUAAGUUUUCAACUUAAUUAAUCAGAGGUCUAUGUCUAUAAUCGUUGUCUUGUUUCUUUUGGUGCCUUUGCGGUAAAGAGUUGAAAUAGUUAGUAAGACUGCAUAUAACCAGUUUUGGAUUAGUGGAUAACAUUCACAAUUAAAAUAUGUUUGUAUGUAUGUCAUUUGUUUUAUUUGUUUGAGGAACAUAUGUACACAAUGUGAGACAUGAAAUAAAUAAACGGUGGCAAACACAGAUACA